AUGAUUGGAAUAUUUGUUUUCUCAUCGAUUAUAGGACAAGUUGGCAAUGUUAUUACAAAUCGUAAUGCUAGUCGUUUAGAAUUUGAACGUUUAUUGGAUAGUGCUAAACAAUAUAUGCGUUCACAUAAUGUUCCACCUGAAAUGCAACGACGUGUUCAACGUUGGUAUGAUUAUUCUUGGUCGCGUGGUCGAAUGUCAGGUGCAGGUGACGUUCAUUCAAUAAAAUUAUUACCUGAUAAACUUAAAACUGAAUUGGCUUUACAUGUUAAUUUGGGAACGUUAAAAAAGGUCACUAUAUUUCAAGAAUGUCAACCUGAAUUUCUUCAUGAUCUUGUUCUUAAAAUGCGUGCUUAUAUUUUUACACCUGGUGAUGUUAUUUGUCGUAAAGGUGAAGUAGCACGUGAAAUGUUUAUUAUAGCUGAUGGUGUUCUUGAAGUAGUCAACGAAAAAAAUGAUGUAUUAACACGUUUGGGUACAGGCGAUUUUUUUGGUGAAAUUGGUAUAUUAAAUAUUGAUGGCGCUAAUCGGCGAACAGCUGAUGUACGAAGUGUGGGUUAUUCAGAAUUAUUUUCUUUAUCAAAAGAAGAUGUAUUAGAAGGCUGUCGUGAUUAUCCUGAAGCUGAGCGUAAAUUAUAUGAAUAUGCACAAAAUCGACUCGGAUUUGAAAAAGCAAAAAAAGAAGCAGCAGAAAAAAUGAAAAGUGCUUUUACUACAUUAACGUCAAUUGCUUCAUGUUUAACACAUAAUCCAAUAGCAACACCACCAAUAUCUACAUCUGUUGUAACAGAAGGUAAUUCACAGAAAGAAAAUAAUGGUGAUAAUGAAAAUGAAGAAAAAACAAUUGAACAAAUACCAUUAUGCCGUCAUAAUCGAAGAAUAACUAUAAGAAAUCGAGCAAGCUCAAAAUCGAGAUGUUCUAUAAUGAAUGCACAAAGUUUAAACUGUGAUAAUCAAGAAAAGCCUCUACUUUAUCAAUAUUCAACAUCAGAAAAUUUGUCUUUAUAUCCUUUUUCAAAUAUGCAUUCGACGGAUUUAAUGAGCCAUAUUCAGUUACUUAUCAAUGAAAGAUUGAAUUUGGUAGAAAAUAGUUAUCGAGAAAGAAUUGCUGAAUUACAAGAUCAAAAUGAACGUAAAGAUUUACGAAUUAAAUUAUUAGAACAAAAAAUACAAAAACUACAGAAGACAUUACUCACUCGUAAUCGAAUAUGGUUUGAAGAUCAAUAA